GGAACACCCUACUACAUGUCACCUGAACUUAUUAAAGGAGAACGGUACAGCUUUAAGAGUGACAUCUGGGCAGUAGGCUGUGUGCUGUAUGAGCUGCUCACCCUCAAAAGGACAUUUGAUGCAUCAAAUCCACUGAGACUGGCUGCUCGCAUCGUUGAAGGAAUCAAAAUGGGAGAAAUUGACACGAGGUACUCAGAAACCAUCCGCUCACUGGCUCAUCAACUCCUGUCUGAUGAUACAGACAACAGGCCAGAAGCCAAGGACAUCCUGCUGUACCCUAUCUUCAUCUCACUGGGGAAGGACAUGGAGAGAAAAGUUUGGGAGCUUAAUGCAACUACAAGGAAAACUAGAAUGAGCGUCACAACUGACACAGUCCCUGUUGUUACCUCUAAAACCAGUGAGGUUUAUUACUGGGGAGGUGGAAAACAGAACCCACAGAAGCUGGAUGUUUUCCAUGGAGGUAGCAGUGCUUUACAGGUAGGUAUCCAUCUGGAUCGCAUGUUCCUUCCUGCGAUUGAAUAUUGA